AGGGGUGGCCAGGCUGCUUCCCCGCGCGGUCACACAGACCUUCCUUGAUGGAGCGGGACAAAGGUUUUGUUCUUCUCCCAACACUGCAGCCUUGUGCGGCCGCGGCGGGCAGCGGAGGCAGGCAGCAGCAGCGCGGGCCCCGUGCUCCCACGCCACGGCGCAGAGGGGGAGCUUCUCCUCCUUUGUCUGCUCCCGGCCAGAGCCGCACCGGAGCAUCCAGGGAAGGGCCUUGGCAGGAGCCGCCCAGGACAGCGGCCAAGGUCCCCUCUGCCCCGGCACAGCCGCCACCGGCUCGGCCUCGCCGCGGGAGCCGAGCUCUUCAUGACGGAAACCCGACCGGAGAGCAUCCGGAGCGGGGCCGGCAGCCGCGCCUGGGGCCGGGGAGGACGGCAGCAUUGGGGACAAGGACACCCGCGCCCCGUUCCCCCCUCGGCGCCCGCUGCCGGCCAUGGGAAACGGCAUGAGCCAGAUCCUGCCCGGCCUCUACCUGGGGAACUUCAUCGAUGCCAAAGACCUGGAGCAGCUAACCCGGAACAAGAUCACGCACAUCGUUUCCAUCCAUGAAUCCCCCCAGCCCUUGCUGCAGGACAUCACCUACCUCCGCAUCCCCCUGCCGGACACCCCUGAGGCCAACAUCAAGAGGCACUUCAAGGAAUGCAUCACUUUCAUCCACCAGUGUCGCCUGCACGGAGGGAACUGCCUCGUCCAUUGCCUCGCUGGCAUCUCCCGCAGCACCACCGUGGUUGUCGCCUACGUGAUGGCGGUGACGGAGCUGAGCUGCCAGGAGGUGCUGGAGGCCAUCAGGACCAUCCGGCCCGUGGCCAACCCCAACCCCGGCUUCAGGCAGCAGCUGGCUGAGUUCGGCGGCGGCGCAGCCCGCAAGGUCCGCAGGCACCUGAAGCAGAGGUAUGGGGCAUCCCCUUUCAACGAUGAGGAAGAAAUAAGAGCUUUGCUGCCAGCAGGGAGAGGGGGACCCUCCAGGACAGAGGGAGCACUGCAAGGACGGGUCCCAAGAGGCAGAGACAUCAGGAGCACAACUCCCUUCCUGCUGCGGGUGAAGAGGACGUUCUCCUGCAUCCCGGCUUGUCUGAACCCCGUGUGUGCCCCCCCCCCCUCCGGGGCUGGCAGCGUCGGACGUGAAAGAGAAAGUGAAACCCGGCCGCGCUUUCGUUUUCUCAUCCCCAGCACGUUCCCGGGGCGCGGGGCAGCGAUGGCGGCGCCGGGGGGGCCCAUGCGGCUCAAGGAGUGGCUGAUAGCGCAGAUCGACAGCGGCCGGUACCCGGGGCUGCGCUGGGAGAACCGGCACCGCACGCUCUUCCGCAUCCCCUGGAAGCACGCGGCCAAGCAGGACUACCGGCAGCAGCAGGACGCGGCGCUCUUCAAGGCUUGGGCCAUCUACAAGGGGAAGUACCACGAGGGCACGGACAAGGCAGACCCAUCCACAUGGAAGACGCGUCUCCGCUGCGCCCUCAACAAGAGCACCGACUUCCAGGAGGUGCCCGAGCGGAGUCAGCUGGAUAUCUCCGAGCCCUACAAGGUGUACCAGAUAGUGUCUGACAGCACCUGGGCUGCAGAGAAGGAUGGUGAGACACAGUCCCCAGCCAAGGACCAGCAGGACAGCACCGUGGGGAGCCCAGAGGAGGAUGCCCAGAAGGGCUCGGUGGAGAUGUGCCAUGUGUCUCCAUUGCCCCUUCUCUCUGCCCACCAGACAGAGCAAGGGUGCCACAUGAGGGGAGCCUUCUACCGCUGGAACCCACCCCACGGCCACGUCCUCCCCAGGCCCCCUCCUUUCCUCCCCGUGGAGGACAUCAACCACUCAGACUCCUGGCUCCACGUCCGCCUCUACUACUGCGACUUGCUGGUGAAGGAGGUGACGACGCGCACGGCCGAGGGCUGCCGCAUCACCUCCCGCCCCGCGCCGGCCGACAGCGAGCGGCUCUACGGCCCCUCCUGCAUGGAGCAGAUCGAGUUUCCGCCGCCGCGGGCGCUCGGGGGCAGCGGAAGGGUGGCCGGGAUGAACGGCGUGCUGGAGCGGCUCCUGCCGCACCUGGAGCGCGGGGUGCUGCUGUGGGUAGCACCCGAGGGCGUGUUCAUGAAGCGGCAGUGCCAGGGCAGGGUGUACUGGAACGGGCCCCUUGCCCCGCAUAGGGAUGGGCCCAACAAACUGGAGAGGGAGAAGACCUACAAGCUGCUGGACACGCAGCAGUUCCUGCAGCAGCUGCGGGGGUACCUGAGCCACGGGCAGCCCAUGCCGCAGUACCAGAUCCACUUGUGCUUUGGGGAGGAGUUCCCCACCAGCGCUGGGCAACACUUCCAGAAGCUCAUCAUGGCCCAUAUAGAGCCGGUGUUUGCCCGAGAGCUCCUCCAUCACGCCCAGCGCAUGGGGCCGAUGCUGCUGCGUGACUGCCCCCAGCCCUGUGCCCGCAGCCCCUCCAGCCACACCACCCACGUCCUCAGGCAGCUCUGCCAGCCCUGAGCCCGGGCAGAGGGAGGGGAGAACCCAGGCGUGACAAAGCCUCCAAGCAGGAUGCUCAUCAUCCCCACGGCCCUGCUCUGGUGUGGGGGGGCUCAGCACUGUGAGGCUGGAUGCAGUCUGGCACUGACAGAGGCGGUUGAUGUCUUCAGCCUCUCCAGCAUCACUGUAUUUACUCCCUGGGAGCCAUCCAGGUGGGAUUUGCUGUGUUGUUUGGUGAGCUGGGGCAGAACCAGCUCUGCCCUCACUCCUUGCAGCGCCAGGACUCACCGUCUGCAAACCUUAGGAAUAAAGGUUGUGUUUUGGUA